AUGAAGUCGUCGUGGGGAUGGUGGUGGUGGUGGUGGUGGCCGCCGUUCCAGCUUCCCCUCUUCUUCCUCGUCUCGAUCUUCGCUACUUUGCUCCUCUCCAGAUCGGAAUCUUUCAAAGUUCCGGGGGACUUGGGCGCCGUCGGCCCGCCGGCCCUGAGAGCUCUCCCCCACGGAGAGGGCUCGAAAGGCCCUUCGCGAUUGGGUGAGGGCUCCGGGAGAGGGAUCGUCCCCUCGAUCUUGAACGAGUGAGUACGCCCCGCCGAGCUACCUCGACGUUCUUCCCGUUUCUGACUCAAUCAGUUUUGCUUUCCCGUUCGAGAAGGAGGAUGAAUCUAUGUGAUGUCUCCUUGUCAUCCACUGAUAAACGCGCAUUUUCCGUUAGCGACUGAAUGGUACAAUCUGAUGGACGAGAAUUUUUCGAAGCUGAAAAUCGAUGCCCUUCUAGUGAUUUCCUGCAAGUAAUGAAUCUCCACACUGUUUCUCGAUUGGAUCUCUGCCGCCCUCAAGCGAUUUCGAGGUGUGGUUCUUGGUUGGGCACUCUUAAUAUGCUAAUGCUGAGAAAAUGUGGUCAGUCGUAGCGUUGCUCAGCAGCAAAUCAUUACAUUCGAUCUCAAUCUUUGCCCUGAACAUUAUGCGACCAUGCGGUGAUUACUCCUUCCUCGGAUGCUUUGCCCCAUUCUCGUCCAAAAUCUUUCUGCUCAAAUGACUUCUCAGCCGAAAAUGCAGCACAAAUUUAUGUUCUCACAGUUUGAAAAAAGCUUCAAUGGUUCAUUUUAUGUUGGCUCUCGGCAGUGGCAAGAUGUCAUCUUGGCAGAGCCACAAAGUAUCUGAUUCUUCACCCGAUUUGUCUCUUAUCUAGCAAUAAUAUUGGAAGUGGCCCACCCAAAAUGCCUAAUGUUAUGAUCGAGCUGCAUACAUAGUGAAUGAUUUUCUUCUCUGUUUCUAACAUCAUUCGUGUUUUUUUUUUUUUUUUUUUUUUUUGCUAGAACAGUAAGCAUGACACUGCAGUUAUUGCUCUCUCAGAUGGCACAAUUUACUUGGUCAACAGCAAUUCCGGAAAAGUUUAUGGUUCCUUUUCAUCUGGGUCUCCACUUAUGAUGUCAUAUCAGGCCUUCUCUGACCGUAGUACGGCCACCAAUUCUGAUUAUAAACAUAGUGAGGUUGAAGAUUCCGCUUUCUCAAGGGACAACAACUACUUCAUCUCUUGUGGAGAUGACUGGAACCUGUAUGAACACACUGCUGAAUUUGGCAAAAGGGUACGUCCGUCAGUCUCUACCUUGGAACAAACUUUUUUUCUCUCUCUCAGUGUCCCAUGUAAUUAUUUUCUUGCAUUCCUUGUCUCAGAGAAUUGAGAUGACAGUAGAAGACUAUGUCAAGAGCACCCCAAGAAUAUCAUUAGAUGGAGGAGUCACCCUCGGAUCUAAGAGGUCAACUGUGUUUCUUGUUGAUGCCAAGAACGGGAAGGUAAUUACUUCUCAUUGGCCUGAUGAGAUUCAGCAAGCAGAGGGAAUUGGGAGUCAGGGAGGCGAGUUGGUAUUGACCAAGCUGCUAAAUCGUGACUGGGUAGAGUUAAGUCCCGCAGCUAUACCACCUGUGCUUAUUACGAGGACUGAUUAUGUUUUGAACCAUUUCAUGACUUCGGACAAACUGUUAUGGGGGUUGACAGUUUCUAUGGUUAAGGCAUAUUCAUGUCAAAGAGUCAGGGAUGGACUUGGAUCUGAGCAUGGAGGGGGCGGGGAGCAGUGCAACAUCUGGAUUCCUGUGCACCAGAUCAAUGGUUUGGACCCGGUUAAAAAUGGCUUGGUCUCUAUUCCAAAAGCCUCCUCACGCAAGAACCCUAAGCUACUAGCUUUAGCUGCUCCACCAACAGGCCACAAUGCAGGUCAUGAUAUUGUGCAUAGUGAUCUCUUUUCAGGAUCACGGCAGGUUGAAGAAAAUCCUCACACAUCCCUUAGUCUUUUAGAUGGCAGCCGAAUGUCUUCCUCUUUAUCAGUAGAACAGCAUGAAGGGAACAACAGCUCGCUUCGGACAAAUGUUCGUCAAACUGUUUCUGAAAUCAAGUCUCAAGUUGUGAACAUAUUUGUUUCAUGGUAUCUCAUCCUACUCUCGUUAGUGAUGCCCAUAGUCUAUUAUGUAAAGGUGGGAAUCCAAGGUAAAUCUGUCAGGCCAGCUAGUGGUUUGAUUGAGAGGAGAUCAGUGGUCACCAGGAGGAGAAAAGCUAGGAAGAUUGGAAAAAAUAAUGGGCCAAUUGCUGGCACUCUGACUGAUAAGGAGCUUGCAGAUGAGGGGCUUACAAUCGAAAAGAAAAAUGAAGAUGAACUGAUGAGUUAUAUAAGAUUUGGUGAGACUGGCGAUGGGAAGUGGAUCGGUAAGCUAUUUCUGUCAAAGACAGAAAUAGCCAAGGGCAGUAAUGGCACAGUUAUUCUUGAAGGAGUAUAUGCUGGGCGUCCGGUGGCCGUUAAACGUCUUGUUCAGACUCAUCAUGAAGUUGCGUUCAAAGAGAUUCAGAACCUUAUUGCCUCUGAUCAACAUCCCAAUAUUAUUCGAUGGUUUGGAGUAGAACAUGAUCUGGACUUCAUUUAUCUUUCGCUUGAACGCUGUACCUGCAGCUUAAAUGAUCUGAUUCAGUCAUAUUCAGAUUCUCCUGUUUCUCCAGCUCUGACGCAAGGUAGUGAAAAUGAGUACAAAGUUUGGUUGGACCUUGUGAACAGACUCGAUAAGGGCGUUGAGCUCUGGAAACCGAAUGGAUGUCCAUCAUCUCAGCUGCUAAAGCUAAUGAGGUUAGUAGAAAUCUAUUACUCUAUUUAUGCAUUUUGUAAGCUGUCUAUGGGGUUUCACAGGCUUGCUUAUAAUCUACAUCUCUCAAUGGCCAUUCCUCUGUUUUUAGGAGUAUAAGGAGUUAAAAAAUCAUUUUUUUAGCAAAUUAUGAAGGCAUUCCUUUCAAUACAUUGAUAAAUAUGGCCUUUUAUCUCAACCAUACUUGAAUGGUCCAGGAACUCAGUGUUACCCUGGUACGUGUAUCAAACUUUCAGCUUAUAACCUUGCGGAGGAAAACUAGGCAUGAAAUGAGCAGCCAGCAACAUGGUUUCAUUUGUUCAUGCUAAUGAUGUUAAAAUGAUUUUUUUUACUUAGCGGCAACCUUAAGUUCUAUUGUUGAAAGUUCUUCCACUGAAGAAUAUCCACUUCCCUUCCCUGGCCAAGUUUGAUAAAAGGGAAAGAAAUACCAUUCAUGUGACCCAUCAAGAAAAUGGUGUAGUUAGUUUGGGUGAUCAGGUCCUGAGAUAAUCUUCAGGUACUUUUUCUCUUUCUCUCCUGUUUCUCACCCCCAAGACUCCCGAGGCUUUCUGUUACUCUUUUCAGCCUUUCAUCCCUCUUGCUGACAUAAACGAUGCACAAUCUGCUAGAAAUGUAGGUCGUGCCUCUGGAUAACAUACCUCGAGAUGGAUCCAUGAUGUGCCAAAUGUAAUCAUCUGAUUGGACACCGCAAAUUUACUAUAAGCUUCAUGGUCUGCUACAAAUUUACUGGAUAUGCCACUCUUGUGGUCUAAGAUGCGACAGAUUUGCCAUUUGAUAUAAAAGCAGUCAACGAUGCCUGUUUGGUGGCGUAUUGCUUGAGUGUGAUGGAUUAUGGCCAUUCUGAAUGAAAGCCUGCCAUUAAUCCUCUGUUCUGUGGAACUCAUGGAUGUCAGGUUCAACGUGUUCUUGAGAAAAAUCUCUCCACUUUUUGUAGAGACUUCUUGUGUAGUUGUAAAGGGUUGAGAUCAGAUCAGAUCUCCAGUACACCAACAGGAUCGUCGCCCAUCUCACAAGCGCCACAUUUUCAGUAUGGAACCCAGAUAGAUGGAAAUCUGUUUCCCUCCCAAAUUUCCUUUGAAGAUUUAUCGUUCUUAGAAUUGACAUGGUCCGGAAAAAAAAUAAAUGUAUAAUCUGAAGAAGGGAUUACUUGAAUUGGGCAAUCUCUCAAUCAAGCCAUUUGCUUUCCCUUUGAAUUUUUGCAUGGUUUUUUAGUGGAAUUGGGGGACAAAGUUUCCUAAAAUAUGUUAUUUAGUUAUUCUAUCUGGAAUCAUAUAUAUUAAGAAAAAUACCCACUAUUGGUGCACUCAAAGCCAAUGGUUUUGAGUCGGAUGGCCCGACAACUAUAUCAUGGUAUUAGAGCCGAUUGGUUUUCUUGGCCUGAAGUUAGCAAGCACAUGAGGGGGCGAGUUAAACAUAGUCCCAUAUUUUAUAAGAUAGCUCGCAAGUUAGUACACAAAUAAACCUGUGAUUCCAAAGAUAAUCUACAUUCAAAGUUAAUUAGCUUUGAAUUCAAUGGCCCAAUUGAUAUUUGUAAGUCAAACUAGAGUCAAGUGAGAUUUCAUAUUGUAACAGUGCCUGAAUGGUUCUCUACUGAUGCUACAACUUCCUGACUAGAUAACAUCAAGCUCAGUUCUUGAAGCAUGGCUCUUCAUGGAUUUACUCUUUCUUUUUCCAAUAAAAGAAUUCCAGCAAUAUGUAAUCCUCCACUGCUUUCUUUUAUAAGAUACCAAAACGGUUCAAAGUUCAGUCAUGUUCCUUGUGUUCUCUCCGUUUUGUAAUGUAAUGCAGUCAUUGUGAGUUGCCCUUCUUUGAAAGAAGGAAUUAAAGUUCUCUCUCCUUUAAAUCAUUUACGCAGAAAUAAUUGAUAUCAUUUCAAUUCCCUUUUCAUGCUGAAAGAUAAUUUCUGCCGUCAACUCGAUGUGCUUUAAAAGGUCUGAUUCUGGUCUAGUGUGAUGAGGGUGACUGCUGUUACUAUGUGCAAGAAAACGGCGUGCAUGCCAUCCAGGAAGCAUUAAAUGCAAAUAAUUGAGUGAGCAAGGCGUGGAAUUUUGAGAGACAUGGAACUUUCAGUUGCUGGUUUUUGCUUAUCUUUUGCUUGCUUUAUGCUAAUGACUCUUAUCACCCACUGCCCGCACAUCAAACACCCUUGAAUUGCCCCAAUCAGUGUUGUAACCCCAUCUCCCCAAAGAAAGGCAUGCCAUUAGCAGACUGUUCUUCCCAGAAGUGAUUUUCGCAUCUAAAGCUGAUUAGGGCAAUUUUUUUGGUCAUGUAAAGGAGCAAAAUAGCCGGAAUUUCCCUGAUUAGUAUAUUUCUAACCCCCCCCUCCCAGAAAAAAAGAAAAGAAAAGAAAAGGCUAUGUUAUGAUCAGAAUGAACUUCCAAAAGUCUCAUCAAACUCAUCAUUUCAGCUGGGGUUUCUUGCAUUCUCAUCUUGAGUGGCCCACAUCAGGCUCUUUAAACAUGAUUAGGUCAAAGCUAUUUUCCCCAAGAUCCCCUAAUUGCAUUGCCUAAACUGAUGCAGAGAUGUGGUUUCCGGGCUUGCCCAUCUCCAUGAGCUCGGCAUCAUACAUCGCGACAUCAAGCCGCAGAAUGUGUUGAUCUGUGCCGACCGGUCCCUCACCGCCAAGAUUUCAGACAUGGGCAUCAGCAAACACUUACCCGACAACAUGUCCUCUCUAGGGCACCAUUCUACCGGUGAGAACCCUCUCAAUCUCAUCAAUUUUCUUCCACCCAGGACUCUUUAACUCUGUGAGCAGACGGUCUCAUGAAGCUUGUUGCUUCCAUAUCCAUGCAGGGAGUGGAAGCUCUGGUUGGCAAGCUCCUGAACAGCUCCUCAAUGGGCGUCAAACCAGGGCAGUCGAUCUAUUCAGCCUGGGCUGCGUCCUCUUCUUCUGCAUCACCAAGGGAAGGCACCCAUUUGGCAGCCAUUUUGAACGCGACUCAAAUAUCGUCAAAAAUAAUGUGGACCUCUUCUUGGUGGAGCACAACCCAGAGGCAGUCCACCUGUUCUCCCUCCUGUUGAGCCCUCACCCGGAGAAGAGGUGGGUAGAAUCUCACUCUUCUCCUCCUAAGUUUUGCCCCAAUUUCAGCAGAUAAUUUAGUCAAUGAAACUCACCCUAAAUCUGCUCAUUAUCAGGCCAAAGGCAGUGGAAGUGUUGCACCACCCCUUCUUCUGGAGCUGUGAAGAGAGGCUCUCAUUUCUAAGGGACGCCAGCGAUCGGGUGGAACUGGAGGACAGGGAGAAGGAGUCCGAGCUGUUGGAGGCACUGGAAAGCAGCCAAGUGGCAGCAUUUGGGGGCAAGUGGGGGGACAAGCUAGAUGCUCCCCUAAUCGCAGAUAUGGGCCGUUACAGAAGAUACAGGUUUGACUGCGUCCGUGAUCUACUUCGGGUCAUUAGGAACAAGCUGAAUCAUUACAGGGAGCUCCCAAGAGAUCUACAGGUAUAAAAAUAAGUAACCCCAUUGAAUUGGAUCAAGCCCUGUCCCUUGUUUCUCUGCAUCUUGAUCUUCUCAGCUAGGGUUUCUAUUUUGUCCAAAAUUGGGGAAAGAGAAUCCUAAAAAUUUUGAUAUCCCACUUUGAAUCUGGCAUGGUUUUUCUCUAUUUGUUGCAGGAACUCCUUGGAUCGGUCCCCGAAGGAUUCGACUAUUACUUCAAGGCCCGAUUCCCCUCUCUCUUAAUCGAAGUGUACAAGGUUAUGCACAGACACUGCCAGGAUGAUCCUUCCUUCCAAAAAUAUUUUACAAGCAGCGGGAUCUCCUAG